UCUGCCUGUGACCUCUGACCUGCCUGUGCACCUGCAGAUGGACAUUAAAGCUUAAAGAGCUUUCAGAGCUCCCCCUAGAGGAGCAGAGAGGAGCUGCAUGCAAAACACUGCUUUCUGCUAGCUAACUCCACCCGCCUGCUGCUCCGCAGCCAUGAAACAAGCACCUCUCUCACACACCAUUUACGACACACUGGUCUUUCAUUUCACUUCCUCUUCAGCAUGUUUGCUGAAGUCGACUUCCUCCUGCCUGCACUCGUCUGUCAGCACGCAAACGUGCAGCACGUUCUUCUGUUAGCGACGCUCGGCAGGCCCGCUCGGGCCUUUUUAACCCCUCACUCACCUGCAGGAGCCACACUGGCAGCUUUGAUCUUUACAGGAAUAAAAAAAUCCAAAAGAGAUGAAGCAGAGCCAGAAAACACAGCUGCCCAUCACUGAGUGAACAUCAGGAGGAUAAGCGAGCUUCUCUGGCCUCAGAUCAGCAGUUUGGACCCGAUGGCAGAAGCUCAGCAGGGAGCCCAAGACCUGACUGAGGUGGACACAAUGACUCCAGAGGACUUGCCCGGCUCUUCCAGUUUAACCACUAAGGAGCUGCAGCAGAACUGGAGGGCGGUGAAGCAGCGAGAGCGACCCGUCCGGCUGCUCUUUGAGAUCCCCUCCACCCGCAUCGUCGAGCACGUGCUACACAAAUACGUGCUCUACCAGGUGGUGGUGAUGCGUUCUGGCAGCUUCGAUUCCCGCCGUGUUUCGGUGGAGCGCCGCUACAGCGACUUCUCCCGCUUCCACCACAAACUGCUGGAGGAGUUUGACGAGGAGCUGGAGGAGGUGCAGCUGCCUCGCAAGAUGCUCUCGGGGAACUUCUCCCCCGAGAGCAUCGGGGAGCGGCGCCUGGCGCUGCAGGACUACCUGGCGAAGCUGUACGCCACGCGCUGCGUCAGACACUCGCCUUGCUUCUCGGCUUUCUUCACAGAGCAGGAGCAGCAGCGGGCGCACGGCCUGCUCCGGGCGGGGCAGUUCCGGCCAGCCGCAGAGCUGCUGCAGACCGUGCUGGACAUCCAGGAGAAGCUGCUGCCCUGGCAGAAGCCCACCCUCCUCGUGCCCGCCCUCGCCGCCCUCGCCGUCUGCUACCGGGACCUGGACGAACCGGAGCGGGCGUUCUCCGCCGCUCAGAGAGCGCUGCCUCCGGUGAGGCGCUACGGACUGACGCACUACAGAGCGCCGCUGCUGGAGCUGCUGGUGGACCUCGGGUACCAAUUGGGCCGGCCCGUGGCUCAGCUGCAGGAUGAGUUGACCGCUCUGAGAGAUGCCGAGCGUGGGGAAGCGUCCUCCCACUCUCUGAAGGAGGUAGUGAUCCAGGAGUUCCUCUGAGGGUGGAGCGGCCAUCCACACCUGGAUUAGCAGGUAAACCCCUGCACAGCCCCUGCCAGCUGUGGAGGUGUAACAGCUCACAGUGGGUCAGAGUACCCAGAGUACUGCAGUACUGUCCUGCAAUAAAGUAUUUAAAAGUAAUUUUGGUAUUGGGUCUGAUUCAUGAUGUUUGAUGAUUAGCGAUUAACGGCUGACUCUACCAUGGAAAUCUGACCACACAGUACUGAAGCCGCGUCAUUGGUCAUCCUGUGGUAGCUCUGGGUGGGGGUCAGCACCUGCUGCUCCAGGAUCAGAUCUCCGAUCUGCUUUCAGUUGCUGCUCUUUGGAACAAGCUGCUGCUCACCUAAGAUCAGUUACGACUGUGUGUACAUUCAAAAACAGAACAAAGACCUUUUCGUUCACGCAGGUGUUUUUGUGUUUUGCUGUUUUUGCUCAGUUCAGUUGGAACCGUCUGUGUACUGCAGACGUUACAAGAGGUUAAAUCAUCAGAUUCAAGCUCGCUGUAUCUCUCAUGUUAAUGAGCCAAAGUGCAAACUGUUCAGGUCUCACUAUGUCACUUAGCUUGUUUAUGUGCCCUGUAUAGCUAACAUCAUCAGAGAUUAUGAGCUAAUCUGAGAUUUGGAUUAUCUGUUUAUCAUCCAUAAGAGACCCAUCUUACUGUAAACAUCAUUUUUGCACAUGUGCAUAUUUACAUGAGUAUGUAAACAGAUCCUGGAGCGUUAGCUUUUAUCGAUGUGUUUGUGAGCACAGGGCGAAAACCAACAGGUGAGUGGGGGCGUGGCCAAAGUCAGCACUGUAGUUAUGAUGCCAGGUUAGCUUCUGUUUGAGAACAUUUGUUAAUGACAACAGGGAACUGUCCGUGUUCUCGUGUUCUCUCCGGCUUCCUCCCAAACACAUGAAUAAUAAUACGUUUGAUUUAAAGUCACCUCACAGAAACAUGAAUAUAACAUCAGUAAGGACAGAGGAGUCAUGUGACAGGUGGAAGGAAGUGUGCUCUGAGAGGCUGGAAAGUGGAGAGUGAUGGACGGAGGACCUGAGAGGGCGAAGAUGUGUUCAGAGAAGAACAGUAGAGACUUAAAGGUGGAGAAGGUGGAGAAGCUUGAACUUGAACAGUGUUUAACCGCAGCCGGUGGAGUUGGUGGAGCACGGGUGUGACGGACUGACGGAGGAGUUCUGGUGAUGACGGAAGCAGCAGAGCUGAGGAUGAAGGUGCUGCUUGAACCUGACAGGAGACCCAGAAACAUGUAUGCUCUCAGAAACAUGCCAUGGAAAGUAAUUAACUGAGGGUAAUUUCUGGUUUUCUCCUUUCAUUUCUUAUCUUCUUCUCUUGAUCUUUUACUUUUAAAAUUAUUGAAGUUGUUUAAAAGAGGACAAAUACCAAUAUGAUCCCUAAGUUGUUUGUAAUGGUUUACAUUCCCAGGGGUUUUACCUUGUAAGGUAAAUGGCCUGUAUUUGUUUAGCUCUUUUACUAGUCCCGCCUAGGGACCCCACAGCGCUUCACACACCCACUCAUCCACACAGUGGUGGAGGCAGCUACAGUU